GCUUAAUUAAACUUGGUGGUCCUUCACGAGCCGGACAAACGGUAAUUGGAUUCAAUUUCCAGAAUUCUCGUUUUCGUUCAAAGUAAUUAAUCGAUUUAGAUGAUUAGAUAAAAUUCGCAUGAUGGACUACGUAUAUAGGAAUGUCUGAUUAGUGUUGUGAAAAGUUGAGAGCGUCGAUACACAAAGCGCGAGAGUCGGAACAAUGCAAGCAAUUAAAUAAAAGAGUUCGAUUUUUUUUUUGUUUUAUAUUCAAUUAAUUAACGAUACAAAGGACAAAAGGAUUUAACGUUAAAAAAGUGGAAGAGGUCCAAUAAUUCUGCUGUGAUAAGUCAACUGCCGACCCAAUGCCAAAUUAACUUCAAAAAUGCCUAACAAAAUCAAUCAACGGACGUUCUUAUUACUAUUAUUAGCAUCGAUAUUAGUCAAAUCACAAGACGAUGACUUUAUACUAAAUAUUCGGGAUACCAGUGACGUUCCUAGUAGUGUAACGGAAUACCCGGGCGGUGCGGUGGUGGAUCGUUUGGUUUUCGAAAAAACCAAAAGUCCUUAUUGGUUGAGGAACGAUGUGAUUGUGGAAAGAAACGCCGAAUUGGUAGUUGAACCUGGAGUCACUGUUAAAGUUGAUCCUCAAGUUGGGAUUACUGUGAGAGGGAUACUUAAUGCGCAGGGUACUGAAUCAGAAAGAAUCACGUUCACUUCAUCCGGCCAAAACGAAGCUAAAAAUCUCAUGUUUCCUGAUAUCCGAUUGGUUGACGGUCCAACAAUCUUAGCUGGAAGACUUCAAAUUAAAAUCAACGACAAAUGGAGAAGCGUUUGUUCCAACUCAAAAAACUGGACAAUAAAUGAUUUAGAAACAGCCUGUCGUCAAAUGGGCUUUCAAGGUGGUACAUUCUUCCAGUGGUACAACAGACAAAUGCCUUUGAAAUCCAGAGUUCUCUACGAAGAGCCCAGAUGUUCUGGUACCGAAAGCAGCCUACAACAGUGUAGUUGGACUAGUCAUGAAAUGGGUUCGGGUGUUUGCGAUUAUCAUCCAGAUUUGGGCAUCGAAUGUUUUCCAAGACAUGAUACUGCUAAGCCUUAUUGGAGAGGCAUUCGAUUCGAGCAUGCGCAAAACGAAAAUUAUCUUUCGCUUUAUAAUACACUUUUCACACCUCAAUCCUUAUCGAGUUUGAAAUAUGUUAACAUUCAUUAUGCUGGAGUGGGACGUGACCAUAAUACGAGCAGUGCUAUUGAAGUGGAAGGAGUGCCACCUGUAAUGGAAAAUUUGGAAGUCAUUAGCUCGGCUUAUAAUGGAUUAAAUCUAACUAACCCAGGAGCUCCAAUAAAAAUCAACAACUGCACUAUAAGAAACAAUAGAGGAUAUGGGAUUUAUAUCAACUCCAGCUAUGGACUAACUCAUAUUGAUGGUUGCGUUAUAAACGACAAUGGCGGAGAUGGUAUAAGAUACGUCAAAGCUGAAGAGCGUCCUGAUGAUGGUGUUGAUAGAAGAGGGUACAGCGAUUUCUGUCAAGUAGCUGUAAUCUCUAGCCAAGUAUUUCCUAUUUACUUAUUUGCCGAGCAAACAGUGCAAAGCCGCUUAGAACACAACUGCAACAAAGUCUUCACAACUAAAUAUGGCCACGUUUUAACUUUGGACUUUAUUAGAGCUGUGACUGAUAGAAAUUUUAGUGCUACCUUGCAAGUUUACGAUGGUUCAGCUUUAAACAAUCGUCUUCUGCAAACCAUCGAAAUAAGAAACAACAGUAGACCUCAAAGCAUUGUAACAACGGGCAAUCAAAUGUAUAUAAACUUCAGAUCGGAUCCAUAUACUGACACAGUAGUAUUUCUGAGACUAAUGUCUGGAUUAAGUAAAACUUACGAUCUCAAUAUAAGCCGCUCUGAUGUCUCAGAAAACUUAGGACGAGGCAUUGCAAUAGAUAAUCUCAGAUCACAAAUCCAUAUUCAUAAAACCUCAGUAUCCAAAAACGAACAUGUAGCAGGCAUUCACGUAACAAAUGGAGUUGGUGAUAUUAAUAUCACAGAAAGUCGUGUUAGCUUUAAUGAAGGUGAUGGAAUUAAUAUUACUUAUACAGGAGGUUCUAGAAAUAUUUCCAGAUCUUCUAUAAGCAGCAAUAAAGGUUACGGGGUGGCGGUUUGGCUGAAUAAUACCAAAGAAACCGAGUUCCUAUUUGUUAACCAAACCAGCGUGGUACAGUACACAGAAAUUUAUAAAAAUCUGGAUGUUGGUGUGCUUCAUGGCAACUAUUGUGGACCAGCCUUAUUUAAUUUUACCGGAAAUUCGUUUACAAACUCCCUCAGUGAUGCUUUGGAGGUGCUGAGUUGCUGGGAAAAGACUGAUCAUUAUACUUCAUUGCAAAUCGGGCACAAUAAGUUUAUUGGAAACGAAAAAAUAUCUUUAAAAAUUUAUCCUGCAGUUAAUCUACAAGCUAAUGUAGAAUAUAAUCAUUUCAGACAAGGUACUUUUGGGGCUUUACUUAUCAAAAACAAGCCUCUAGAAGAAUUCAAUGUUUUAAAAAACGACAUUUUAAUACAGCAAAAUUAUUUUUUGAAUAAUUCUGGGAUAUUUGUGGCUAAUCUAGCACUAUCUCCUUACGCAGAAAAGCAAUAUUUAUUAUUUACUAGAAAUUUUGUUAAAAACAACAAAAUAUCUGAACCGUUUCAACCUUUAGAUGGCUCAAUAUCCAACCUCAAUCCUAGAAGUCGUGUCGCUGCGCCAGUAGUCAUUGGUUCAGAUAAUAUUGAGAUAUUCAGAAAUAUUAUUGAAAAUCCCGAAUCAAAAUACGAAAUUGGAAGCCAUUUGGAAGACCAAAGCAAGAUUAUCAAUGCCACAUAUAACUGGCUAGGCUCUGGCACUGAUGAAUUGAUUUACCAUAGGAUAUUUCACAGAUACGACAGAUACAAUUUAGCUAAGAUUAAGUUUGUACCGUUUUUGUUACACAAUUCAAAUCCUUUAACAACAAAAAUCAACCCUUACCAGCUUUAUGUACCAAAAUUUAGUACGUCAACAUCAGAUAAAGUAGGAGGUGAAAUUGAGGGUGAAGAAACUUUAAGCAAAGGUGAAUAUAUUGUCGAAAGAGACAUCACUAUAAGACCUGGAGGUAAACUAACCAUAGAACCUGGAGUCACUUUACGUUUCCCACCCUCAAUAGGAAUGAUGGUUGGAGGUAGACUGGAAGCAAGAGGCAUCGAACCUGACAGUAUUAGAUUAACUUUAAAAGAAAACAUACUUUACCCACCCGAAAAUGAUACAACUGCUGAUUUAACAGAAGCCGAAACAGAAAUAGUACAAAUUGAACCGAAAGCUACAAUACGACUUCUUGGAGGCAAUGCUGAGACAGAAGGCCGAUUGCAAGUUAAAAUAAACAACCAAUGGGGCACUGUUUGUAAUUACGGUUGGACUAUGCAGAAUGCAGCUUUAGUUUGUCAGCAAUUAGGAUACGUCCUAAACCCUAACGAUUGGUACUUGGAACGCAUCGAAAUUCCCGAUGCUGGAAAAACUGACCCCAUUAUAUUAUCAAACGUGGAUUGUCAAGACUAUGAUUUUGAUGUUAGUAAAUGUAGAGCGGAACAUUUAUUAGAUUUUGCUAAUUCCUGCAAUCAUGAUAAUGACGUUGGUAUUCGAUGUUAUAAAACUUCAUGGGCCGGAGUACGGUUUGGAGCUUUAGCUGAAAGAUCUGAUCUGCAAUAUGUAACUGUAGAGCAAAGCGGGCUUUUGGAUUAUGCUACAAACACUUUCAAGCCUGCUUUGCAAUUGGAUUUUGCUAGACAAAAUUUCGAAAACCUUAAAAUCGUCGAUAACUUCUUUCAUGGAUUAGGGGUGAUGUAUUCGAAUAUUUACACCGAUGAUUCGGUGAACAUAAUUAAAAAUUCUGAGUUUUUGAACAAUAAAGGAGCGGGCAUUAGCAUGAAACAAUUAGGAUUCACUUUGUAUAAUAACAAGAUUGAAAAUAAUUUUAUUGGAAUCGAACAUAAUCCUGUUUUAUCUGGAUUGCAGCAACGUGAAUUGGCUGGUUGGUUUACAAGGAAUGACGAAGAAACUGAUUAUAAUCCUUUCCAGAUUCCUGAGAGGUCUGAUCUUGGUGCUAUUGAAGUUAAACGUGGUGAUACAAAAUAUUUGGUUACGUCCAGAUUUAUUGGUAGAAUUAUUCAGAAAUCUUAUAAAAUUUAUUGUGAACCUGGAUGGGUUAUAGGGAUUCAACUACUUAAUCCUAUUGAAAAUAGAAGCACGGAAAAUAUUAUUAUUCAUGAUUUAUUAACAUUUAAUAAUAAUAGUGAUUCGUGGAUACUGAAAAGAGAUUUAUCGGUAUUUCCAGCUACUUCGAGUGCCCAUGGAAUAAUUCUGGAUUAUUCUAGCGGCAUAAACUCAUUAGGUGGUACUGUUAUAGUAAUAACCACCAUAAGAGCUCCAACGCAAAAUAUUUACAACAGAAGAGUCAGAGGACCAGUACCAACAUUAACAGUAAGGAAUAGUGUAAUUAGAAAAAACAAUUAUGGAAUACAAGCUUCUUAUUACAACAGACACUUGGAUGAGCUUGGGAACCACUUUUUGAGGCACGCAAAUGAAUCUCUGAGAUUCCUAAAUUGCGAAAUUACUUAUAAUUUGAAUGAGGCAAUAUUUGUGCAUUCGCCCAAUUGGGAUUUACAUAAGAGCAACCUGAGUGAAAUCACUAUAAUGGUAAAUAAAUCUUUUAUAGCUGAAAAUGGUAGAGGCUUCUAUCAAUUUUCCAGAGAUAUGAGAUCUUCUAACAAUUUAUUCCAUUAUAUUUUACAAGAUAAUACAAUUGAAAGGAAUAAGGGGGAUGGUUUUAGUAUCGCUCUACCGUAUGUUUGGGAUUACAAUGAAAACUUCACUCAUUCAGUGUAUAUGGAUAAUAACACUUUUGUUAAUAAUAGAAAUUUUGCUAUUGAUAUUGAUGGCCAUUUUGCUGAGGUUAACAUAACAUCCAACGUUUUCAAAGAAAACAAAUGUCAGAAUGGUCUUUUAACAAUAAAAGGAAUGGAAAAGAAACUAUUAAUAUGGAACAAUAAAUUUCUAGACAAUAAUUGCAAAUACGUCGUAUUAUUUAGCUGUAACAGUCAAUCAGAAAUCAUUGGAAAAAUUCCAGCGGUAUUUAUCUACAACGAACUAAGAAACAACAAAUACAUUCAACUGGGAAGAUCUUUUGGUGUGUUACAAAAGCUACAAGAUCCACGUUUUGUGGUGGGCUUCCGUGGAAUUCAAAAAGUUAACAUUAAUAGGAACAUUUUUGCUGCCAACGCUUUAGAAUACGAGCUUUUAGCUGGUAUUAAAACAGCCAAAAUUAACGAAUAUUUAAAUGUUCGUGAAAACUGGUGGGGCACCAGCGUUGAAAAUGAAAUUGAAGCAAAGAUUUUUGAUUUUGACGAUUGGAAUGAUCAUGCAAUAGCAACAUUUAGGCCCUAUCUGUUAGAAGAAGAUUUUCAAUCAAGUCACUCCUUAACAUUUAAUACUAACACUUCUAUGGAUGUAAAUAACCUUAAAGGUCGCCUUUAUCAAGACUUAGUCCUAACUUCCAGGCAAGAACCUUAUUUAAUCCAAUCAGAUUUAACUGUUAUGCCUAAUGUAACUUUAACAAUCCAUCCAGGAGUUACAAUGGAGUUUGCUCCAAACAUCGGAAUCCUAGUUUUGGGUACUUUGCACGCUGAAGGUAUCGAAGGCAAGGAAAUUGUAAUGCGACCAAUAAGAGAAACUGGAAAUUUACUAAUGGAAAAAGCACCGCAAAGAGAAAAACGCGAACUCGAACUGAUGGGACAGGAAAGCAUCAGGCUAUGUAAAAACCGAGACUGUACGUUGGAAGACGAAUGGAAUAUACCUUACGAAGGAUUUUUGGAAUGGUUCAAUCAGACUACGUUACAAUGGAUUCCGAUGUGCGAUUCCAGAUUUACGGAACGGAACGCUCAAGUGGUUUGCAGGGACUUGGGAUUCGAUCCUUUACACGCCUUUUUCGAUUUUGAUGUUAGAAUCGAUUUUCAUAGUAACUCGUUGACGAGGAUUUGGACUUGGCCUGAACCUCUACAAUGUCGAGGUUCAGAAAAACGUUACGAAGACUGUCCGAUCCGCCUCAACGGUCAGCAAUUCGGGCACAGACACAAAUGCGAAUGGAACAGCAAAUUUGUAUUUAUAAAUUGCAACAACAAAGCCAAACCACCAAAGUACAACUUUUGGGGCGGUAUCAGAUUCGCCGAGCCCGACUUCGAGCAGCGGCUCUAUUCCCACAGAGUUCACGAUGUCCAUACUCACAGUACCGUCCAAGAAACUGAGUCAGUUUUGAGGUUUGUUGCAAUCAACGGAGCUGGAAUUUUGCACAAUGAAAAAUCACCAGCUGUGCAAAGUAUUAUAAGAAGUCCCAAGAUUGAGUAUGUGAAUGUGUCUUCGUCGGCUAGUCAUGGGAUUAAUUUGAUAUCACCAUCUGGCACGAUGGUGUUGAAAGGCAACAAUAUUCAUGAUUCAUUGGGUGUUGGUAUCAAUAUAGUGUCUUUAAGUGGAGAAGGUAGAGAAAGUGACGAAUCCAGUUUUACUCCUUUGAAGGAAAUGAAUAUUCCUUAUAAUCUCUUCAGUCUUAUAGAUAUUUGUGAUACAACUAAGGAAAUUAAAGUAGAAGAAAAAGUUUUGUUGUAUUACAAAUACGACAACCAUCCAGUGAAUUGCAUUAAGAUAUUUAGAAGUGUUUACAAUAUUAAACCUCUAGGACUACGUUUUUUGCAAUUCAACUUAUUCAAUUCAUCCGUGGCCCAUGGAAUUCCAGAUUUUGUUUCUCUGCACGACGGAGAUAUAUACAACGUUUCAUCUCAAGUGAUUGACACUGUAACAAUGACUUCGACCAAUCAGAAGAAGCUUUUCAGGACUAAAUUACCAAGCCUGAGUGUCAAGUUGUUUGCUAAUGGUGCUUCUUCUGACCAUGGAUUCAUUGCUGAAGUGGUAACUUUACCUAUAGCUGCCAUAGCUUUCAGUCGUGACGUCCAGCACAAUAUCUCAUCUUCAAUAAUAAGCAACAACACCCAAGCUGCAGUACUCUACAUGGGCGCCGGUGAAGUCAACCCGAUAGUUACUAUCGAAAGGAAUCAAUUCAAAGGCAAUUGCAGACAACUUUAUGGCAAUUUUACUACGUGCAAAUCGGCCAUCGAGAUGGACAUUCAAAAUACACAAACAGUGUUUUUCAGAAGUAAUCUAGUAGAUCAAAACCAAGGUGGUCUCUAUAUCAAAGCAGACUCCAGAGGUUCGGCGACUUCGCUUCAAGGCUGGAUUCACAACAACUUAUUCGUCAACAACUCCAAUUUGCCCACUCUGUAUGUAGAAGGUCGUCAAUCGUCUCCUUACCAAGAAGUUACCAUUUACCGAAAUUACUUUACCAGAAACCAGGCUAGAUAUCACAAUAAUAUUGUGCUAAAACAAGUCUUGUCUAAUUUCACUUAUAAUUUUGUCAAGAGGAACGUUGGACAGCAAAAUUUGGAGGUUUCCGGAUUCGAUAAAGUGAGAUUGAAUAUUUAUCAGACGACUACCCAUAAUGGCUUUUACAAUAAUUAUGCUUUGAAACGAGAAAGUAAAUCGACGAUUAUUGCUGGAACAGCUGGACAACAUUAUGUCGACAAUAUAUUCUUCAAUCCGGAUAAUGAUUAUGAAAUUAUUACCGUCAAUAGAUCGCUAUUUGAGUUCAAUAGCUCGAUGCAACUUUGGAAUACCAGAAUCGACGCCAUUUACAAUUAUUGGGGUAUCAAUACCACUCUAGCGGUGCGAGGACGUAUCAGAGACCAAAUGGAUGAUCCCAGACUAUUAGAAGUAGCUUUCGAACCAUUCUACAUGAACAACAGGAGCAUUCUGAACAAUAAAUGCCCGCCAGGUUGGGAAUUAGUUGGAGAGACUUGUUAUAUGUAUGUUGGAGCUCCAAUGACUUUUUGGGAGGCUAAAGCUUUUUGCCAAGCUGACAACGCUUCAAUGCCUUAUUUGAUUGGCAAUAUCAACUAUAUGCCUGUCUAUGACUUUCUUAGCAGGCAAUAUCAAUGGUAUAUGUAUUCGGAUAGAGUUUGGGUACAGCACAUAGACAAAAUUAAUGAGUGUACAAUUUUCGCCUAUCAAACAGUUGAAGUGGAUGAUUGUAAUAGACGAAGUCCUUUUAUUUGUGAAAUUGAUCCAAAAGUUUCCAUCAAAAUCCUGCCACUAGCUGACGAUUUUGUUACAAUUUCGGUGCUUAGUAGCUUGGCAUUAGCUAUUCUACUUAUUGUAAUUGUGAUAGCUUUAUGGUGGUACAAGUCCAAGUACAGGCAAGCUCAACGAUUGGAAAGAAGAAAUAGCAUCAGACAGAGCCUCCAUUCAUUAAAAUCAGUCGGAUUGUCUUCUACGUCUUUCGCCGAUCCUAAUUAUAGACGAAAAAUGGCACAAUUGAGCACAAGAUCGACUGACACCCUAACCAAAACAUCAGACUACAAGAAAAUAAUGAGCAACAGCUCAAUAGACAGCAUGGAAAAAUCCGCAUACAAUUCCUCAAUCGAAGAUGACACUUCUUACGCAUACGAAAGCCACAACCCCAACCCGUCUUUCGCUUACAACGCCCCCGUAGAAUACCACAAGUCGCCUACAAAAUACGAAAAUCCUUAUGCCAAACCUGGUGCAAACGCAUUCGAUUUGGCUUUCAAAAAUGAAGGAUUCAAAGAUAAUUCGACGUUUGCUUCAAAUAGCAACUACCAAUCGCACGCAGGCAGUGGUCAAGACGAGUCUUCAAACGAUGAGACACCUAUAAUAACCCCAUAUGCUUCAAAACAAGUUGCAUCGUAUCCUCCAAGUGAAUAUUACACUACUGACACUUUACCUUUACACGAAGCUAAUACUUCACGACCUCUAGGAUUAAUGCAAGAACUAAAAUCUAGACUGCCUAAUAAACCUCCCACACCUCCAACCAGAAAAUACUCGCCGACCUACUCAGAACAAUUAACCCAGAUGGCUUACAGUCCUGACUUUCAUACAGUGGGUUUAGCUCAUCCGAGUAGCUCGCCAGAACUGAAAGAUCACGCAUUCACUUUGCCCAAAGCCAAAACCCGAGCUAAAAGUGAAGUUUUGCUGGAGACGAAUUUCGAUUAUACUCCGGAAGAGGAAAUGAGUUUUGGUGAUUCUGGAAGGUGGAAAAGUCAACCGUUGGAAACUGCAAUGUAAAAUUGUGUGGGCAUUCACUUUUUUAGACUGUGAUAUUAAUUUGUUAAAUCGAAAUAUGCCUGAGUAUGUGGUGACUUCUACUUUGUGACUCCACUUUUGAAUCAGGUCCUGGCCUGAGGUUUGGAGAUCUUGGAGGCCAACUAUAUGAGGACCAUGAAGACAAUGAACCGACAACCUACUUGAAUAAUAUAUUAUCAAGCUCCAAGCUAGUCUCUGGCAAUAUAGCAGAAUCCUUUAACAUAAUUCUAAUUUAUCAUACCUACAGUUUGUAAAAGAUCUCAUGUGUGUGUGAACAAAUAAUGUGUUGUUAAUCAAUUGAUUUGUUAAGGUCUAUGAAUGUUGUACCAAAGUUAUUUUUACAAGACUUUUCAAAUUGUUAUUGUACGUGCCUUAGCAAAGAGCACAAUAAAAAAUGUAAAUUUUGUACAUAAAUAUAUAAAGUUAAGUGAGUAAACCCCGUACUAAUUUUGUAAAAAAAUUUUACCGUCCGUACUAAAGUAGAAGAUGAUUUUUAUCAUAUUUCAAAAUAUCCUUUUUCCAUUUUUAAUUUAAGAAGUAUAAGCUUAAAACGGAUGUGAUACUAGCCUAUUAUAAUAUCCAGUUAAACUGACUUAAGACAUAAGAUGCUUAUUUAUUGAAUAAUUUAGUUUUAAUUAUUUUGUUUUUUUUUUAUUAUUUGUUUAGUUUACAUGAUUGUGAAUUGUUUUAAAAAUUGUUGCUUAUUAUGUGUUCACUAUCUUAUAGUAAUUAUAGUUUUUUUCUUAUAAAACGUCUAAACAAUAAUUUACUGAUAAAACUUGGACUUAUGUUAAGUAAAUAAUAUGUAGUUUGUAGUUUCUAUAAUGCGGUAUGUAUAUUUUCGAAGAAAAUGUAAUUUUGUACUGAUGUACAAUGUUUUAAUUUAAGCUUUUUUUAGGGGAAAUAAAUAAUACUGAUUUUUUUGAUAAAUUAUUUGUUGCAUUUUUUUUUUCAGAUUGCGACAUGAUUUCCUAAAUAAUUGUUUUGUUCUGAUUUCUCAUAGUCUCCUAUUCCAUUCUCUGUUCGAAAUUUGAUCAAGGGCGGCCCUAAGUCUUGUGCUGUUCAAUAUUGUUUGUUACCAAUCUUCAAAUUCCGUGUUCUAUAAGUAGAGGAUCUUCUGUUUUUCGUCCAAUGACUUUUUA